AUGGCCGCUGAAAAGAAAGACAAAUCGCAAGUCCAUAAGCUUGCUCUGCGUGGCUCGUCAAAGACGGUUGCGGAAUUUUUUGAAUACUCCAUCAACACAAUUCUGUUUCAGAGAGGAGUAUACCCCGCAGAAGACUUUACGCCGGUGAAGAAAUAUGGACUCAAUAUGCUCGUUUCGUCCGACGACCAAGUCAAAGCAUAUAUCAAAAAGAUCAUGUCACAACUCAACAAAUGGAUGAUUGGCGGCAAAAUCUCCAGAUUAGUGGUGGUCAUAACGAGUAAAGAGACGGGCGAACACGUUGAGAGAUGGCAAUUCAAUGUUCAGAUGACUAGCAAGUCAGCCAAACAUCGAUCAUCUAAAAAGACUUCAGACAAGGAGAAUACAGCACCCGAAGACUCUACACCAGCAGAAGCAGAGCCUGAAAAGACCGAGGCUCAGAUUCAGGAGGAAAUCCAGGCCAUUUUUCGCCAAAUUACUGCAUCUGUGACUUUUCUUCCGAUCCUAGAUGGCAAUUGCACUUUCAACGUAUUGGUGUAUGCAGAUGCAGAUUCUGAUGUACCCGUUGAAUGGGGAGAUAGUGACGCGAAGGACAUCAAAAAUGGAGAAAAGGUCCAGCUUCGGUCUUUCAGUACGAGUAACCACAAGGUCGAUACCAUGGUCAGUUAUCGGUUGGCAGAAUGA